AUGGAGUACUUCGUGUACGUCAAGUUUCUUUUCGACAAAGUAAAGAAAGUUACAACAUCCGGCAACGUCAAGAGGUUCCAUCCAGAGCACGCACAGGACUUCAACCCUGGAGAUGUAUACAGCGUCUACUGGGAAGGAGAUGACAGGACGCGUGGUGGUUACUACGAGGCAGAGCUUUUACACAUGACAGACUGUGAGUGCCACCAGCGUCGCACAGCACGGGCAACGGAACGGCAUUGCCCACCCGAGGUGCCGCCGCCCCAGGAUCUUUCUGACUGUGACCAAGAAGUGGAAGUCUGUGAGCUUAACCAGCCCGUCGCAACACAGGAGGCACGCCGCUCACACGAGGCGCCGCUACCGCUGCCACCCCAGCGCUUUUCCCAACAAGCUCGGGGACAUGAAGAGCUGCAACCUGCCAUGGGACCUCCUGUAUGCCGGGAGGAGGCCCCUGCCGUGGAGAGAGCAAUUGGUGCAGUCACAGGAGACGGCAAGGUACAUCUCUCGAACGAGCCGUAG